GACCUAUCCAUGAAGAGUUGGGUGGAAGAGCUUGAGUACACGUUCAGUGAAACGGUGUCCAUCCAGCUCAACCAGCCUGCCGCGAAUGCAACCAUGUUCCAGGACAAGGUAUCGAAAAUGAUCAGCUUUUACAGUACCGAGGGCUAUAAGCCCUUUCGCUUAGAUGGGUUCGGAGAGGAGGUCGUUCUGCAGAAUGCCACGAUAACGGUCUUGGGAGCAUCUCUUGUUGGCGGGCCAGUUCCGGCACGAAUCUCGAGCAUCUUUAGAGUCUCUGUGGAUCAGUGCAUGGUCCUGCGGUCCGGCUGUCAGGCCGGCGCUCUGGCAUCGAUGUUCUUCGACUUCAAGGGACCAGUGCAGGUGGAGUCCGCUCAAGACAUGGCCUUGAUGCUCUUCGUCAUUGGGUUGAUGCUGGUUGUUUCCCUGAUUCUCAGCCAUGCUUUGGACCGGCUGCUUGUCCAACCAAUGGACCGCAUGCUGAACAUGGUGAAGAGCAUGGCUGCAGACCUUCUGAAGCAGUUUGGCCUGGACGACAACCUGGAGGAAGAAGGCGACGAGACGAUCGCGGAGACCGCCCUCAUUGAGGAGAUAUUCAAAAAGUUUGCGCGGCUUGCGAACUUGGCAGCGGUUCGGAAUGAGCUCACAGAGGAACACUUGGGCCAAGAGACGUUCCAUAGCCCACCGGCGGUGCCAGGCAUGGACACGGAUGCCAGAGCUGUCCUGGUGGAUGUGAUGCACCUGCAGGUCCACAGUUCCAUGGCAUCCGUUGCCGCAGUGGCCAACAUGUCAGAGCCAUCGUAUGCAAACCUGCCAGUCAGCGAGCGGACUGUGUUUUCCUCUUUCGACUUGGACGUGCUUGAACUGACGGUGGACCAGAACAAGCAAGUUGUUGUUCACAUGUUCUUCGAUUCGCUGAUUGGCAGAGUGACCGGCCGCAUGCUCGCGCACCCGGAGACUUUCCACAAAUUUCAUUCUGUCGUUCAGUCCAAUUACAACAGCUUGCCCUACCACAACUACUUCCACGCUGUUGAUGUGACCUACACCGUGCACAGGCUCAUGGACAUCAACCAGACAGAUGCGUGGCUCUCAAAUGUUGAGCAGUACGCGCUGCUACUGGCUGCUCUGUGCCACGAUGUGGGCCACCAGGGAAAGACCAACCCGUUUCUGGUGGAGACACAACACCAGCUUGCCCGCAUUUACAACGACAAGUCUCCCCUGGAGAUGCUUGACUGCCAGAGGAAUAUGCACGCAGCCAAGCUCUUCGAAAUUGCUGCUAAUGAGGCCCAACAGAUGUUUGGCCAUGGCAAUAUUGUUGUCCGCAUGCUAACCUAUGCUUGGACUCUGUUCCUCUGGAGGAAGGAGGCUGACGUAUUCAAGCGCCUGGACAAGGAUGCCCGGAAGACGGCAGAGCACUUCGAGAUGGUGAGGCUCGAAUGA